CAGGUUGUGAGGGCGCUUUCUGCGGCAGCAUGCAUGCAUGUCCAUAGACGUCAUUUGAUUUUAAUGGCCUGCAGGAAAUUUGGCAUUACAACUCCAGACAUUAAGGCAAGAGAGGGAGAGAGGGGAGAGAGCGAUAGAGGGAGCGGGCACACGGGGAAAAAUCACCGCAUGAAAGAUAUUGGUUCAAGGAUAUCUCUUCAUUUUCAACAUAUUUUUCUUCUGAGACUUUAUCAACAAGUUACUGCGCCUUUAUUAUAUGUUGCCUGAGUGAAGGACUAUGGCAGCUCGCCUGGCUUUAAACUUUAAAUUUAGGCUGGAGAUGGAGAUGGAAAUGAAUGCCUACUAGCUGGAACUGCCUGGGGAACUAUUACAUCAGACGAAAUGACAAUGAUUAAAAUCUGUUUUUUGCUGCUCUAAAUCUAUUGAGCGACUGGCAGUUGCCUGUUAGGAUCCCCCCCCCCCCUUCUAAAUCACAACUUCACAGCGUUAAGGGGAACGGUCUACUUUUGCCGGAAAAAACAUAAGAUAAGUUAUUAUAUCUCAGCAGUCAUAAUUUCUGGAAUAGGGGGGUAUCACGUUUUCUUCCUUGAGAAAAUUGCCUGGGCGAGAGAGUGGAGUUGAGCUAAUUGUAGCCUAAUCCCUGGCCCAGAGGCGCUUGGGCAGCCUGGAGCAAGAAUUUUCUUUUUUAGCUCUGCUCUGUUAUUUAGAGACGGAUUAUUGGCUUUCUUCUUCUCAUAACAAACCACAGGGGCAGUUUCAUUUAGGCAAAAAAGGCAAGAGAAGAAGCUGAAAUACGAAGCAGGAUUCCAAGACGAGCGCACAUUUUUACGCGUAUCCAAAUAAGAGCAUAGAAGGGGAAGGAGAUCAUCUCAUCUAUGUUCAAGGUUUCGUGCUGGAGCUGGAUGGUGGUGUAGUUGUGCCAAACUCGGGUGCAUUUGGAGAAAAUAUUUGUGAUUGGGGCAGACAACAGCUGGGACUGACCGCCGGUACGGAUUUCCUCUGGACUCCCUACAAUGUUUGAAACGGAGGGAAGAAGCAUGUCACGGCUGUCUCUGACCCGGUCCCCGGUCUCUCCUCUGGCCGCUCAGGGGAUCCCUCUGCCGGCUCAGCUGACGAAGGCGAACGCCCCGGUGCACAUCGAUGUCGGGGGACACAUGUACACCAGCAGCCUGGCGACCCUCACCAAAUACCCAGACUCAAGAAUCAGUCGUCUGUUCAAUGGCACCGAGCCCAUCGUGUUGGACAGCUUGAAGCAGCACUACUUCAUAGAUCGGGACGGCGAGAUAUUCCGCUACAUUCUCAGUUUCCUCAGGACCAGCAAAUUGCUCCUUCCAGAUGACUUCAAGGACUUCCACCUGCUGUACGAGGAGGCGCGUUACUACCAGCUGACACCUAUGAUCAAGGAGCUGGAGCGCUGGAAGCAGGAGCGUGAGCAGCGUCGGAUGGCGCAGCCCUGCGACUGCCUGGUGGUCCGCGUCACACCCGACCUGGGUGAGAGGAUCGCUCUGAGCGGCGAGAAGGUCCUGAUUGAGGAGAUCUUCCCCGAGACAGGAGACGUUAUGUGUAACUCAGUCAAUGCUGGCUGGAACCAGGACCCAACGCACGUCAUCCGCUUCCCCCUCAAUGGCUACUGCAGGCUCAACUCUGUCCAGGUUCUGGAACGUCUUUUCCAGAAAGGUUUCAGCGUGGCUGCAUCAUGCGGAGGCGGCGUGGACUCCUCCCAGUUCAGCGAAUACGUCUUGUGUCGCGAGGACCGGCGGAGUCUCUCCAUCAACACACCCAUCAGGAUAAAACAAGAACCCCUGGACUAGAGCAUUCUGGGAGAGGGACUGUCAAACCCCCCACAUACUCCUUCCAUCCUCUCACACCGACCCACCCUGUCCACUUCCUGCCCUAACAGGACCACCACCGACCCCUCCUCCCUUCUCCAAAUGCCCCCAUGCAAUUCCAGCGAGAAUCAUACCUAAGUAUUAGCAGAGGCUUGUUAACCUUGCCAGCUCUGCAGAACUCGAAGGGGAAUGUAGUACCAAACAAAGGAAAACAAGCAUCAGCAACAAAAGUUUUUGAUUAUGUUAAAUAACACCCAAAGAAUCUGGGACUGAGAUGAAAAACAACGACAAAUGGACUCAAAAGCAGCUCACUUGAACUACUUUAUCUCCGUGACCGUUUUUUCCUCUUAUUUUCAUGUUCAAACGGUAUCCUGAUCCUUUUGGGAAGACACAGCUCCUAGUAGAAUCCCAGUCCAUCCUGGUCCACACCACAUACCCAGUCCUCACCUAAGACCCUGUCUCAGCACAGCAGUGUAUCGUCCACUUUUGUAUCUGUAUGAGGCCCACUUCAAUAUAUGACAGGGGACAAGUGUGGCCUGCUGUGGGACAAAAAAGCUUUGGCAGGCGGGAUGCUUUUAAGGAUGACAGGAAGUAGAAAAAGACAUAAUCCAAUCUCACGAGUCCCUCAAAAAGCCCUAAUCUCCACGACCCCCUAACCCCAUCCUCGCUCACCCCCACAGGCUUCGCUACAAUCACCGGGGCCUCACCGAAAACAGCAUUGUUCGCCAAACAGAUUGUUUAUUAAGGUUUUUUCAUUGUUGUUUCUAAAGUAUGUUCUUCUUGCUCCUUCUUGCUGUUCUUAUCAUGACAUGGUGUAAACAAUUAUUAUUAAUAGGAUUAUUUUUAAUGUCUCUUUUUUCCUUUCUCCAAUAUGAAGGAUGUAUGAACGUUGUAUUCAUUAGGCUUUGAGAGCUUGUGAGGGAGCGUUUCUUGGCAGUAGCUGCACAAACUCAGAUGUCUGCAGGCUAUGUGGCUAAAGCGAUCUGGCUGGCAGUGCAUUCAGAGCCGGAAAAAGUCCCAUUGUUCAAAUGGGGAUGGAACAGAACCUGGAUGUUUCAACAUUGUUUAUAGUCAAAUGUGUAGCACACAUUAAAAAGUGCUCUGGAAUUUCAACUUAUUAGCUCUGAAACAUAUCUGCAAAUCGUUCUUUUUUCUCCUCAGAUGAGCACAAAUUGUUCAUGUUUAGCAUACGUUUAAGAAAUGUCGAAAAUAUUAAAAUCAGGUUGAUGUUGCACAAGCUUUAAGUGAAUUGCAGUUUUGUUGAGUUAGAAUGUUUAAGACUUGAGGACCAACAUGGAAAGCUGACGUUUACCAGUAUGUCUCCAUGGUCAGAGAGAGAUGUACUCUAAAUGCUUAAUGUUUCUUUGCACAUAAAUAAUACCCACAGAGCUUUCUCGCUCUGCUCCACUUGUUUAAAUCCAGUGACUGGUGCCAAAUUACACAGUUUUUUUUCCCUCAUUUUAAAGAACCAGGACAUUAAAAACAGGAGCCAACACUUGUAGUAGAACAAAUGCUAUAGGCAGUAACAUAGUCAAGGUGCCUAAUUUGUUGAUUGUACAAACAUAAUAAUGCUAUCUCUUUUUUUCUCACAGUUUGUAGCUAAAGAAGACACACUGCAUUAUUAAAAACUGUACAAAGGGUACCGACAUUUGCUCCCUUAGGCUUCCAGUCUUGACAGUUUUGUUGAGAAUAUCUCAUGAUACCUUCAGACCAAGUUUGAGACAGAGUCUUUGUUUCAAUAUUGUCACAUCUAAGCUGAGAUUAUUUCAGUGGAUCUUCACAUGUAUGUAUGGCAGGACCCAAUGUGAACCGUACUCCCAGCAUCAGCGUAUUAUUCACAAAGAGGCGAGUGGGCGGCAUUUACUCUAUCCUGUUCUCAUUCUUUUGGUCUUAUUCUCAACAUUUCUGGAUCAAAGACAGAAACAAGAAAGGCCAAGUUUUCUUGCUUUUAUAUAUGUGUGUAACUUACAGAUGCUGUUUCUUCCAUUCCAAAGGAGUGAUAAAAAAGACGUCUAUUCUGAUCUUCGUGGGUGCCAGCAGUUGUUUGAGUGAAACUAGGGUUGUUUUUAUAACAAGCGGAAAUAUGUUCAUUAAAAAUGGGCUGUAAUUCCACUGACCAUGUUGUCCUAAUAUGUGCUCUCCAGAUGGCCGCUGAUUAAAAAAGGCCAAAGAGUAAAGAUGAGCUCAGUAGAAGUGUAGCUCCCGGUCCUGUGGAGUCCUCCCUGGGGGUCUCUCUCACAAUCAAGUCCAUCUUUGUUCUGACCUGCCAGUGGCCUGCGCCUUUGCAUCCAGUCGCCUCAAAGGGAAUGGUCAACCAGGCCUUUCAUGUGCCGAAGUAUGUCGGGCUUCAUAGCGCUCCUCACCCCCACACCCCCACCCCCACCCCCACCCCCUCUGCCUUCCCACAGGCUCCCAGCUCAGCGGUGCCAGUAGAAACUCGGGUUGUACCCCCUGCUGCUGUGUCAUCCCCAUGCCCUGGAUUUCAAAAUGCCCGCCUACACUGUGGCUCACUGGACCACACUGCGAGAAACCAAACAAACCGAUGAGUCAAAUAUGAGCAGCCAGCACCCCCCCCCCCCCCCCCAACAACAUACUGUACAGCCAGGGAUUUCAACUCUGCUGCUGAUCCUGAAGUCUUUGAAUCAAUGGACACGAGUGCAGAUCUGGGUUAGUUUUUGUGGAACAGAGGGUAAAGAGCCGCCACUGUUGCACCAAAACAACACUAGCUGUAAGAGUUCCUCUCAUCAGUGGGGCAUUUUGAAACCACAGAACGGGCUUAGAAGCCGUUACAGGCCAAGUUAUGGUGGAUUUAAGAAAUCAUAGUUUAAAUUCAAACAUAAAGUGAGAAAAAGAAGAAAAAUAGCAGGUAUGGCGUUUUGUACAACAGCAGCAAUAACCAAACCUGGGAUGCCUCUUUCAACUCAGUGCAUAAGUGGCAGAUUAACGACAGAAACGAACGUCACAGACAUGUUCACCCAUGAUUAAUACUGGUCAGCGUUGAGCCAGUUCAUAUGGAAUUCACUCCACCUCUGAGGCGGGUCAGUUGUACAGUUAUUGUAUAUUGAAUUAUCAGGACUCUGGGUUUUACUGGACCCUUGUGUUUUUAAGAGACCUGUUAGUCCUCUUCACAAAAAGAAUGAAAAGAAUUCACAGCAUUACAUUGUGUACAUAUGGAUUAAAACAUUUCAAAGGGUAUAAUAAGGUGCAAAUGUAUAUUAUUUAAAGUGUUUAAAACAUUUAGACUGUGGUAUUAAAGGGCAUGUGUUCAUUUACAGUGUCUCCAUUUGACCUUUCUUGCAUAUUUGCGAUAAUAAAAGGAUGUACUGUA